GUCAGGUCUUCAAUCAGACGACAAUACAUCAGGGCGAUCCCAUCCAUUGCUCCUUCAAGUACCGACACGUUAUCCCUUCCCGCACAAAGACAGUCGCAUCCGCUAUGGCGGCAACCCAGAAGCUCUACCCCCGCGCGACAGUGAAGCGUAUCGUCAAGGCGCAAUCGAAUCGCAACGUGAGCAAGAACGCCGACAUUCUGAUCUUCCUGGAUUACAUGCUAUUCAUGCAAGAACUCAUGCGCGAGUCCGCCAUCCGAUCGCGCAAGUCUGGCGAAAAACACAUCUCCCCCAAUGCAGUGCGGAAAGUGACGGAGAGAACACUGCGGAAAUUCAAGGGCUAGCGGGAGACCCUGCUUGUUGAUGAUCUGGCUUAUGAUGGGGGUUGCGUCUUUCCGUGUUUUGAACCGUGGAGCGAUUCUUCCAUUUCGCGCGCUUUUGCAGGACGGUUUUUUGUAGUGAUUGGGGUGUCAUAGGCGAAAGGGGUUUGGCGUUUGUUUGAUGUUAUUCUGGAUGGUCUAUAUACCCAAGAGGAGAGAGUGUUGGACUUCUCCCAUAUGACAGUGUUUUAAAUUGAAACUAUGGUGUAUCAGCGACUAGAACACAAGCGUAGUGGAAGAAUACAG